UAUUACAUAUAUUAAGAACCUGCCAGACGUCUUGAACCAUCCAUAAUUAUUCUGCCAUUGGUUCCCAUAUAAACCUGCCCUCUGCCCUUUCUCUGUUUCUAUUACGCUAGAAGCAUGUCCAAACCCCCAACUAGACCCAACAGUGCCUACCCUUCACGUAGCGGCACUCCAUCCUUAAGAGACGUCGUAAGUUCACCGACUUUCAUUCUUCCCUUCCCUAUCUCUAACCGUCUCAUCCAUGCACGUUCACCUCCACCUCCCCCGUCUCCCUUCUUCCAAAACUAUCUCUAAUCAGGUCCAUGGUGUUAUGAAAAUCUUCCAUCAUGAGAAAGAAUCCGAAGCUCAUCAAAUAUUCCGUCAACAAGUUGGACAUCAGCCCAAACCCGCCCUAGGCCUUCCUCAGACUAUCAACCCUGAUGAAGAAACCGUUCCUGGUAUCGAGCACCCUGGCAGCACCGGUGUUAUCUACUGUUCAGAUCGCGCUAUAGCGAACGGUUUCAACUAUGCUAAUUCUCACGAAUGGGCAAACUUGGGUCAGGGUGCCCCAGAGGUAGGCCCUAUCCCCAAUGCUCCCCCCCGCCCAGAGAAUAUUCCCUUGCCUGUGGAUUCUUUGGAGUAUGCACCCACAACGGGUGUCAAAGAACUUCGUGAAGCAGUAGCUCACCUCUACAACGAUACUUACCGUAAGGGCAAAGCAAGUCAGUACACAUACGAGAAUGUGUGCAUCGUGCCCGGUGGACGUGCGGGGCUUUCCCGUGUCGCAGCUGUCAUUGGCGACGUUUAUUGUUCAUACCAGGUUCCAGACUAUACCGCCUACGACCAAGUCCUAAGUGCAUUUAAGCGACUCGUACCUGUUCCCACUGCAUUGGAUCCCAAGCAUAAAUACCGCCUUGAUAUCGAACAAACCAAGAAAGAUAUCCUUACUCAAGGCCUUGCUGUCGUCAUUGCCUCGAACCCGAGGAAUCCGACGGGGCAAGUUAUUGCUGGCAAAGAUCUCAAAGAGCUCGUUUCGCUCAGCCGGGAGAACACAACGAUCAUUCUUGAUGAGUUCUACUCCUGGUACAUCUACCCCGACAAUGAGAAAGAUAUCGGAAAGAGUAUCUCCUCUGCCGAAUAUGUCGAGGAUGUAAAUAGUGAUUCUGUAGUUAUCAUAGACGGGUUGACCAAGAACUGGCGUCUACCAGGUUGGCGUGUCUGCUGGGUCAUUGGGCCCAAGAACCUCAUCACCGCACUUUCACAAUCGGGUUCAUUCCUUGAUGGGGGUGCGAAUCAUCCCAUGCAACUUGCAGCCCUCCCACUCCUUGAGCCGUCACGUGUCAAGAUAGAGAAGGUGGCCCUUCAAAGACACUUCAAAGCCAAGCGGGACCACGUGCUGAAGCGCUUGCAUGCACUUCAUUUGGACGUGGAAGUUCCUCCCCAAGCGACGUUUUACGUCUGGUUGAACUUAGAGAAGUUACCUCCUCCGCUUAACAAUGGUUUGACCUUCUUUGAAGAGCUCCUGAAAGAGCAAACGAUCGUUAUUCCGGGUAUCUUCUUCGAUAUCAACCCGGCACACCGUAGGAACUUGUUCAACAGCCCGUGUCAUCACUACGUGCGGUUGUCGUUUGGGCCGCCUAUGAAGGAUUUGGACAAGGGUCUCGAUGCCAUCGGUCGGGUGGUUGCUGCUGCAAGACUGGGGGGCACCAAGAAGAUGGGACACAGCUAUAAGAAGAGCUUGGAGAGCAGUUCUGAAAUCAACGUCUAAACCGUGAUUGACUGUCCCCCCCCUCCCCAUGGUGGUCGUACGCCGGCUGGUAUUGGAAUCGUCAUAGAUGACUGAGAAUAGAAAUGGUAAAUGGUUUGGACAGUAUAUUAAU